UCGUGUUGUGUCGUCUGUGUCUGUCCGUCCGUCUAACAGACUACCUGUCCGUCUGUCUGUCCGUCUUAAGUGUUUAUGAUAACAACAGUUCAUGUAAGACGAUUUUACAAUGGGUAAAAGAACUGCCGAUAAAGAUGGAGACAUUGACAGAGAACGGUCUUCUCGAGAUACCAGUGAUGAAUCAGACUGUAAAGAGACAUCGGAGUUUUCAGAAAAAGAGGAAGAUGUUGACAUCAGAAUGUAUGCAGCAAUAUCAUUCGUAUUCCUUCUCUUAGUUGUGGGUAUACCCUUGUGGUGGAAAACAACCGAGGUCUACAGAGUUCAUGUACCAUAUGGUCGUAUUGAUGAUCUCAAAGAAGCAGAUGUAGUGUUUCCUGCCCAUGUUACCAUUUUAAGCAAAGAGACUGAACGAGUAAACUCUUUAUUGAAGCAUUUAAGCAGUGCCUUAUCCAAUACAGGCAAUGGUAUUAUUAAUGUAGAUUUUAAAGGAAGAAGUGAUUUUGAUGUAAAUAAGGUUUUAACAGCUGAAAGUUUGCAAGCUUUAGAUGAAAUGGAUCUUUUCCCAAAUGAAGUGAGUCAUAUUUACCUUUUAGAAGUGCCUGGAAUGCUACGAUUCACAGCCAAAGAUGUUAUAGUUGGUAGAAAAAGAGUGGUGUACUUUAGUACACAAGCCAAACCGGAGACUUUGCAUGCUGUUUUAAGUCAGUGGAUAAUUCGGGCUGAUGCACUUUUCCGAACCAAGGCUAUUAUUGAGGCACCCAACGAGUGGUCUCGCGAUAGAACAGGUGGGAGACGAAUGCCUCCCGCUGCCCAGUAUGACAUUAUGUUCUCCAUGGUACAUCCUGAACCGGAAAAAAGGAACAUCAAGUGGAACAUAAAAGAAGCCAUAAGAGAUCACCUUGGAGGUCUCCUGGAGUAUCUUUCUCCUAUUAUCACAUUCCACAUUAAGUCCCAAUGGUUGUAUUCUGUCCGCCUGGAGGGACGCCCUCGUCAAGUUCAAGAGGAAGCCCAAACUUGGUAUUCUUUAUCAGAAGAUAUUUUACCACACAUUAUCACCCCCUUGGAGAAGAAAUUAGGCUCUGGUGUUAGUGAGCACCCGACAAUUCAACUUGUUCUCUAUAUUCCGCCUUGUCAAAUAUCUCCCUUGUUCAUCACAUCUAGUCGCUCCAGCAUACAGCCAAGCUUAGCUUUUCUGUCUCCACGAUGGGGUGGUGUCCAGAUUUUUAACCCACCCCAAAGUUUGUGUGGACAUGUGGAUGAAAAUUCAUCAUGGCUUGACUCUGAAGCAAUCAUGAAUACAUUCAAGAUGCAGCUAAAGCUCCUUGUUGGCUUUCCUGAGCUUGAAAAGAUUGGUGGGGUCGAACAACUGCCCCUUCCUGCUAGUGGUGUACGUGAUUGGGAACUUGACUCGCUCAUGAGAAUCAAAGCCACUGAACAUCUCAUAUCUGCAAGAAUAACCCUGAAGUCUCUUGCCCAACUUCUUGAUGAAAUCAGCAAUAUUGUAAUAAACGAUGAAGUGGGAGACAAAAUCUGGGAGGCCAUUUUGAAGUCUCAUGAGGCAAUCAAUUACAUCCAGGAUUAUGAUUUGACAAAUGGGUACAAUCUCUCCAAGCAAGCUUUUCUGGCUGCAGAAACUGCAUUCAGUGACCCAUCUCUCCUGGCACUGCUCUAUUUCCCAGAAGAUCAAAAAUAUGCCGUUUACAUUCCUCUCUUUCUUCCUGUGAUGAUCCCCGUACUCAUGUCUCUGCGUGGUAUUAGAAGUUGGUGGUUCAGUGGCUCGGAGGACACUUCAGAAGCAAAGAAGAAGACAGAAUAGAUGUGAUCAAUUUUUAUAAUUUCUGUAAAAUAAUAAUGCUUUACAAAUCUUA